AUGCGUCUUUCAUCACUUCCAGCUGCGAAUGAGGAGUGCUCCGUCUACGAUACAUUGUCAGCAGCCAUGUCCAACUCGACGCCUGGCCAGAGGAUGAGUAGGAACGACGUCCAUUUUCCACUCACGACACCUCGAAAGAGAAACCCUUCGAUACCACUGACACAUGCUGUCACAGAAGACGGCCAGGGCAGUGGUGUCGCACGUCUGCUGACCAGCAGUGCGUACAGUCUGACUAUACAAGACAACCUCAACUCACAGAAGCACAAAGCCACCGAUCCAACGAUGAACGGCGCGGAGGAAGGACGUGCAAAUCCUACACAGUCAAUGAGACACACCAAUUUCCCCGAUUUACCUGAAGAGAUACAGAAUCGAAUUCUUGAUUACAUUUUCGGCGAUCUACGUCCUGUCAACGCGGCGUCGACAUCAACCAGCCUCUCGCAUAGGAUGCGCCACCCUAGACGAAAAGCUGUAUCUGAGUUGGCAUUGGUCUCGCCUGAUAUGAGAAUCAUGGUGCAAGAGCGCAUAUACCGACACAUCAAGAUCAAAGGUACAAAAGUAGGUCUGAGAGACUCACAGACAUGGUUUCAAAGUCACCCACACUUAGCUGGCUACGUUAGACACAUCGAAUACUGGGUUCCGGUGUGGGGCGAUAAGGCCAAUGUCAUCUCUGUCGAGCAACAGCGGCAACAGCAGCAGCAACAGCUACAACAACAGAUAGGAUAUGGGCUGCUUGAAGGCACCAACGAGCACGGUGAUUUUCCUGGUCUUCAAUUCAAACUCUCCAAUUCUUCUGCAACAUUGGACCAAAUCUUCGACCACCUCGGCAACCUGUUCCCAUCUACGAGCAUCUUUACGUUGGAGGGCGGGCACUGUAAGAACAGCAACAUGAUAAAACACUUCAAGAACAAUCUCUUCGGUCAAUACAUGAACCAGCAACUACGUGUUCUGCCAAACAUAAAAGUCUUCGCUAUGAGAGGAGCUUGGAACAUUAUGCGAUCUUUCGAAGAUUGGAAUACAAUCAACGAGGCUCUACCUUGCAUGACAGAGUGGCACUGCGGCUACGCUAAGCCCCGGGCAGAAGCCUAUACUACCAUCAACGAGAUUUUGCUGAGACUGCCAAGUGGAUUGAGGCACGUCGAUAUCAGCUUGGACAGUAUGUUUAGCAAAGACGACACUGUGCUCGGGUCAAGUCCUGAAAAGCGUGGACACCAUGUGUGUGAGCAGCUCGGCCACAUCGCGCCACGUUUAGAGUCGCUAUCGUACACUGGCAAGGUAUGCGAGUGCUUCUGGACCGCAGCGCUAGAGGCUUCUGAGCACGAUAAGUCUAGAAGCCACUCCCUCAAGUCUCUGGAUAUUGUGGUGAAGAGCUGCUGUCGUCAGCGCAUCAAGAGUCAGGACAUAGUGACUGGCGAUAUCCUUGUUGAAGAGAUUGGUGGAAUCAUGGCUGAUGGUGCUGGCAUUAGCAACCUUGUGUUCAUCAACGCUUUUGAGAGACUUGUGAUGGGUGCCAUCGACGGCCUUGCUGCUUUCCAUGCUCUGCAACACGUCAAACUCCGCUACAUUGAUUUGGAUAGCCCGUGUCAGCAACUGAACCCUUACUGGCACCUAGAAGACGGCAUCGUGACAGGAAUUUGGAACGACAAGAUCGUCGAAAAGUUGAAUAAUUCCUGUCCAGAACUACGUUACGACCGACUCGAAGAUGGGAUAGAAACCGAGCAUACAGGCAGCACCAAGAAGAAUGAAAUGUACGACGAUGUGUGGCCAAGAGAGAGCGCAGGGCAUGCGGGCCAUCUGCCAAAUACUACAGGACCGAGUGCGCUGUAUCCAAAGAUUAUCCCGAAAAGUAUCAAUACGGCAAGCUACAAAAUCAUCUCUGAUGCCAGAACAGGAUAG